AUGAAUUAUCAACAAAGAGAAGUUUCUUUUGAAUUAAAUAAAGCAAUUAAUGCUAAUAAAGUAGAUGAGGACAAAGUAAAAAAUAUUAUAAAGGAUAUAGAUAAUUACUAUGAACUGAAUAAUUCUGAUUUAAAUAAUGUUUUAAAAGAAUUACAUUUUUAUAGAAAAAAUAAAACUAAUGUAAAGCUAUUAUUAGAAAUUAAAAAUAUAACUGUAUGCUUCAUAAAAAAAUUAGAUGAUGAUUUAAAAAAAUGUCUAAAUGAGGAAAAUAGUAAAUUUAAAGAUAAUUAUUCCAAAACUAUUCAAUUAAAAAAUAGUAAAAUUAUAGGAAGUUAUAAAAACAACAUGUAUUUAAAUAAUUAUUUAAAUAUUGAUGUGGGUAUAGAAUAUGAUUUAGAUACAAAAUUAGGAAAAAAAAGCAAAUAUAAAAAUUUUCAUAUGUAUCAUAAUAUGUACAUUAAUUUGCUAAAGAAAUUAUUUUAUGAAAAAGGGUUCAUUAAUUGUAUAAAAGAAUCAAAUAUUUAUAAUAGUCUUGAUAUAUGUAUAAGUGUAAAUAGAUGGAAUAAUAAAAUGAAAUCUGUUCUAAUUUUAAAUGUUUUUAAAAAAAAAACAUUUAUUGGAAGCAUUAAAGUAUUAUUAUAUCCAUCAAAAAAGGUUUGCUGUAGUUUCUCUUACAUAUAUAAAAAGUAUUAUAUGAUAUUAGAAAAUGUAGAAAAUAAAAAUUGUAAUAAUAAUAAUAAUAGUAAUACAAUUCCUACUACUGAAAAAAAGAAAAAUAUUACUAAGAAAGAGGAAAACGAUAAAAAAAUAGAUGAAAAAGAUAUUGAAAAUAAAAUUAAUAAAACACAUACUAAUAAAAUUAUUUUGAAGAAUUUUAUAUUAACAGAGUGCCAUAUAAUUGAAUGUGAAAACAUAAUAAAAAAUACCAUUAAAAAUUUUAAGGGAUAUAAGAAAUCUGUAAAGCUCUUAAAAUAUUGGUGUGUAAAUAAAAAGUUAUUGCAUGUUUCUAAAUAUGAAAAUGAUAUAAAAUUUAAAAAUUUGGAAAUGUAUAAAUUUAUGAAUUUCUUUUAUUAUAGUGAUAUUAAUUCAUUUAUACUUGGCCUUUUAUGUAGUUAUGCAUGCUUUACUUAUAAAUUAAAUAAUUUGGAUUUUUUUCAAAUUUUUAAAAAAACUAUAAAUUUUAUAAGCUCUAUCAAUCUUUGUGAAUACUUUUAUGAAUAUCAGGAUGGCAUAUACAAAAAGUCAGAACAGAACAGUGAUAUUUAUCCACAUGGUUUUUUAAUAAAUUCUAUAUAUGAAAUAUUUCAAAAUAACGUAUGCUCUUUUAAUGAGUUGAUAGAAGAAGCAAAAAAGGCUGAAUAUUAUCUGAAAACAAAUAACUUUUAUGAAUUAUUUAUUUCUAACAAUAACUGCUUUCCAUUUAAUUAUGAAGAAGAAAUAUUUUUCCCAUUACUUAUAAAUAAUAAUUUUUAUAAUUAUGAUGAACAAAUUGGUUAUAUAAAAAAAAAUUUAAUUAAAGGUUUAGAUGAUAGAAUAGAAGAAUUAACUUUCCGAUUAGUAUCAUGUGACUUUUAUGAAAAAAAUUCAGAAAUUAUGUUAAGUGAUAGUAAUAAAAUAAAAUAUGCUAUAAAUAAUAACAAUUUAAUUAAGAAAAAAAAUGAAGAUGCUCUAACGAUUUUUCAAGAUGUUCUUCUGAAAAAAAAUAAAAAUAAUGAAACAAGUAAACAUAUAAUAAAAAAGAAAAUUUUACUAGGAGUUUCUUUUUUUAUAAAAACAAACAACACAAUGAGAUGCAUGGAUAUAUCAAAAAAAUUAUAUAAACCAGAAAAGGAAUCCAAUUUUAAAAAAUUUUGGGUAAAUAAAGUAAAAAUAAAAAGAUUCGAAAAUAAUACCAUUUUUGAAGUAUUGAUGUGGAAAAAACCAGCAAAAAUGAUAAACUUAAAAAAACAAAAAAAAAAAGAAUCAAGUAAUGAGAAAAAAGCAAAAAAAAGUAGCAUUAAUAAAGAGCAAUCGAAAAUAAAGACUGAAGGUAAAGAAAUGAUAAAAAAGAAAAAAUUAAUAGAAGAUUCAGAAAAAUUGAAAAGCAAAGAAAAUGUAAAUAAGAGAUAUAAAAGUAGUGAAACUAACAAUAAAAAAGAAAGUGAAAAUAGUGAAAAUAGCAGUUCGAAAAAAGCAAAGAAUAGUGACAAUAUAAUAAAUUAUAUGAGUAACGAUGAUAAAAGUAGUAAAAUUGAAUGCAAUAGAAAGAAAAGUAUUGAAGAUACCAAUAAUUUUGUUUUUGAUGCUUUAUUUAGUGAAUUACAAGGAAAAAAAAAUAAUUCCGUUCAUGUGCAAAUUAUUAAAUAUAUUUUAAAAACAAUGAAAUAUAAGGAAUCAUUCGAUUUAAAAAAAUCAUUAUAUGAGAAAGUGAAAUAUUUAAAAACAAAUGACCACUUUUUUUAUUGUGGAAAAAAAAUUAAAAAUAAAUCUUUUUUUAUAUAUUUUACGAAUCCAUUAUUAAUUAAAGACAUAUAUUUUACAUAUUAUGAAAUAAUUUUUGAAUACUAUAAUGAGAUAAAAAGCAUUAUCUAUAGUAUAAAUGAAAAAUUAUUCACAAUUUCCAAUAUUAAUAGUUCAAACAAUUUAUUAAAAAUGUCAGAUAUAGGUUAUAAAAAAAAUAAUACAAAGAUAAUAGAUGUAGUUGUUGAUUUAAAAUUUAACAAUAAUAUUUAUAAAAAUGCACAAAAUUUUUUUAAAAAUUAUGAAAUAGCUAAAACUAUAAUAAAAAAUAGGCUUAUAAGUGAUGGAAAUUCUUUUAAUAAAGUAGAGCAGAAAAACUUCUUCAUAGAUAUCCAUUGUAAAUUAAUAAUUUUUAGGUUGCAUAUAUUUGUUAGUAAAAUAAUAGAAAAAAAUUUAAUUCAAAUUACAAAUCUUGAUGAUUUCAAAAUUGAUUAUGUUGAAAAUAUUGAAAAAAUAAAAAAUUAUACAUAUAAGCCUCUUAUAUCUUCCUUUAUUUAUUUUUAUGCAACUAAAUUUUCUUCUUUUCACAUCUCCUUAAAAAUAUGUAAAUUAUGGUGUGCAUCAAAAGGAUUUUAUGAUUUCGAUGAAUUAGUUGAGAAUAUUUUAUUUUAUAUAUACACAGAAGAAUUUAAGAAGCAUAAUGAUAUGAACCAAUUUUUUGAAGAUAAUAAUUUAUCUAUUUAUAAUAAAAGUUUAAAAAAUUUUUUACUCCAUUAUAGAACAAUGCACAAGAUGCAUAAUUUUGAAGGUAAAAGUUAUUUAAAUAAUAUGUUGAAGCAAAAAUGUAAUAAUAGUAAUCAUGCAUUAUUAGAAAAAAAAAAUAAAAAUUUUCAAAAACAAAAUAUGUUUGAUAAAAAUGAAGAUGAAGAAAUGGAAGAAGAAACAGACAGCGAUUUUUUUGAGAAUAAGGGAAACGAGCAAAAUAGACAAACUAAUGUUAAUAGAGAUAAUGACAAAAAUAACAAUAACUCAAAAAAUAAAAAAGGUUCAUCUGUUCUCAAUUUAAAGAAAGGUGAAAAGGAAGAAGACGAUGCAUUUUUAGAUAAUUUUUCUUUUUCUUCAAAAACUAUUUUAAUUAAAUUCCUAAGCUUUCUUAUAAAUUACGAUUGGAUGAAUAAACCAUUAAUAAUUGACUAUGAUAAUUGUUUGAGUGAAGAUCACAAAGUAAAAUUAAUUAAUUCUUUUGUAAUUAGAAAAAAAAAUAGUGAAGAAAAAAAAAAGUUCUGGAUAUCUUCAAUAUAUGAUCCACAUUGUGUACUAAUUUCCUUACCGCACAAUUUAUUUGAUCUUAUAAUAAGUACUGCAAAAAAUACUUUAAAAACAAUGGAAGAUUUGCAUAAUAACUUUGAUAGAAAGAAAUGGUUUUCUUUAUUUCUUAUGGAGAAGAGAAAAUAUGAUAUUAUUUUACAUUUUAAUCAAGCAAAUAAGGCAUUAAAAUUUUUCAAAAAAAAACUGAAGAUUGUUGAAGAUAAAAAAAACAAAAAAGGAGAAACAUUACAUAAAAACAAUGAAGUAGAUGGAAUUAAUAAUAAAAAAGAGGAAGAAAAAUAUGAAGAAAGCUAUAUAAAUGAUGAAAAAAAUAUAGAAAUUGAUGAAAAUAACAAUAUUGAUGAAAGUGAAAGUAGCAUUUAUAAAAUGGAAGAAACUUACGAUUUAGAUUAUUUAGAGAAAAUAAAAAAAGCAAAUAAGCAACCAUCAGAUAUGUUACACACUUUGAAAAAUUGUGAAUUGCUACAUAUAUAUAAGAAUCACUUUGAAAGUUUUAUAAAAAACUUAGAACAAAACUUUUCUUCUCAUAUAACUAUUUUGUAUAAUCCAUUAUGCUUUGACGAAGUUUUAAAUACUUGUAACUUUAGGAAAAAUAUAAAGCGCAAAUUAAAUAAACUACCAACCAAGCAUUUAGAUGUAUUUAAAUCAUGGAUACCUUAUGUUUUUAUUACGUUUAAUCCUCUUUAUAUUAAUAAUGUAGAAAUAAUAUCCAAUCAAAAUAAUUUACAAAAUAAUUCAAUUAACUCUUCCAUAGCUCUUAACAAUUUUAAUUUGCUAAUAUAUUAUAUAAAAAAUAAUGCAAAAGACAUACUAAAGGAUGUUAAAUUUCCGGCAAUAUAA